AUGUCGUCGAGAGGAGCCUCGAAGAACCAGAAGCGUCCGCGGCGAAAAGACACCAAAGAUUUCCGAUUGCGUUCGUUGCCUCGCCUGAAUUGGGCUCUGAAAUUCCUCGCCACUGGCUUCCUAGCCUUGGUGGCCGCUUGGUGGCUUCAAUUCUUGAGUUUUGAGACAACUGUGGAAACUACUCUGGAUUUUUUCCGGCCCAUUGAGGAAGAUAGUUAUUGGUACGGGCAUCGGGAAGAAGUAAAAGAUGCCUUUGUGGCCAGCUGGGAUGCUUAUGCCAAAUAUGCUUGGGGUAAGUUUGUCUCGCCUGGCCUUGGGAAUGAUCGCUUUCAUCCAGUCUCUAAGGCUGGCUCGCAAAUGAGCCCCAGCGGUCUAGGGUGGAUUAUUGUUGACAGCUUGGACACCCUAAUGAUUAUGAACCAGACCGCUCGUCUUUCAGAUGCGCGGAAAUGGCUUCACCGUGGCUUGACUUAUGCUCAAGACCAGGAUGUGAACACAUUUGAGAUGACUAUCCGCAUGCUUGGUGGGCUCUUAUCUGCCCAUUAUUUAUCUAACAUGCUUCCUCAUGUUUCGUCCCGGCGAGACUAUGUUUACUUGACUAAAGCUGUGGAUCUGGCAGACCGGCUGCUUAGUGCAUAUGAGUCUGAAUCAGGAAUACCAUAUGCAAGUGUGAAUAUUGGGACCGGACAAGGACUUCCCUCUCAUGCAAACGGUGGAGUUUCAUCAACAGCCGAGGCCACUACUCUCCAAUUAGAGAUGAAGUAUCUCGCCCAUCUCACUGGCAAAAGAAAGUACUGGCAGAAGGCCGAACAGGUCAUGAAAGUCAUAAAUGAUCAUCAAAUGCAGGACGGCUUGGUACCUAUCUUUAUCCACCCUGAUACUGGACAGUUUAUGUCCGGGGAGAUCCGCCUUGGAAGUCGCGGAGACUCAUACUAUGAGUACUUAAUUAAACAAUACCUGCAGACCUCUGGGCAGGAGCCAAUAUACCGCGAGAUGUGGGAAGAAGCCUUGGCUGGUAUCCAGAAACAUCUUGUCACUUCUACUAAACACUCGAAGCUCCAGUUCAUUGCUGAGCUCCCGCAGGGCAUUGGUGGGCCUUUAUCCCCUAAGAUGGACCAUCUUGUCUGUUUCCUUCCAGGUUCAAUUGCAUUUGGUGCUACCGAGGGACUAACUGAAAAGGAAGCCCGCCAGAUGCCUGGGUGGAAUUCCCAGAAGGAACAGCAAAUGCAGUUGGCACGGGAGCUUACAAAAACUUGCUGGGCGAUGUAUGCAGUCACAGAGUCCGGUCUAUCCCCGGAAAUUGUCUGGUUCGAGGUCGACGAAGCCAAUCUCCGACCGUCUCCCGGAUCAUCACCGCGGCCUUUAAGCAGGAAUGAUGAGGGUUCGUGGACACGCGACUUUAUCAUCAAACCUCUGGAUGCGCACAACCUCCAGAGACCCGAAACAGUUGAGAGUCUUUUUCUGAUGUAUCGAGUGACAAACGACCCCAUAUACCGGAAAUGGGGUUGGAAGAUCUUCAAGGCUUUCCAGAAGCACACAAUAGUCAGCGGCAGCCAAGGAUAUACAUCCUUGCAAGACGUUACAAAAGUCUCCCCACCACAACGAGAUAAUAUGGAGAGUUUUUGGCUGGCCGAGACCUUGAAGUAUUUAUACCUGCUUUUCUCUCCGAAAKAAUUCCUCCCCCUAAGCGAAGUGGUAUUCAACACAGAAGCCCAUGUACUUCCUCGAUUUAACCAGACGAGAUUCCAGACUGGGUGGAGUCGUGUGAAGCGUUCUUGA